GGCAGAGCCCGCCCCCAGGCCCUGCGGCGGCCCGGGCGGGGGGACGCGCGUCACCGGCCGCGACACCGGCCGCGGGCGGCCCGGGCGGGCGGAGCUGCGGCGCUCGGGCGGGCGGCACUCAGUGGCCCCGUGGGGCAACCACACAUCAUGGUGGACUACUACGAAGCGCUGGGGGUGAGCCGCAAUGCCAGCGCGGACGACAUCAAGAAGGCGUACAGGAAGGCUGCACUGAAGUGGCAUCCAGAUAAAAACCCGGACAACAAGGAGUAUGCUGAGCAGAGGUUCAAAGAGAUCGCCGAGGCGUACGAAGUGCUGUCAGACAAGCAGAAGCGCGAUAUCUACGACCGUUAUGGCAAGGAUGGACUCAUGGGAGCAGCAGGACCAGGGGGCUCCAGGGCCGAUGCCAGGGCUCCCGAAUUCACCUUCACCUUCCGCAGCGCUCACGACGUCUUCCGGGAGUUCUUUGGUGGCCGAGACCCCUUCGCUGACUUCUUUGAUGAGAUGUCGCCCUUCUCUGAGCUGCGAGGACCUGGACAACGGCACCAUGGGGGAGGCCACUUCUUUUCCUCCUUUCCAGGAUCCUCAGAUUUCUUUGCCUCGUCCUUCAGCUCUGGUGCUGACGCAGGGCUGGGCUUCCGCUCUGUCUCCACCUCCACCACCUUUGUUAACGGCAAGCGCAUCACUACCAAGAGGAUAAUUGAGAAUGGGCAGGAGCGGGUGGAAGUGGAGGAGGAUGGGGAGCUGAAGUCAAUCCACAUUGAUGGUGUUCCCGACGACAUGGCACUGGGGCUGGAGCUGAGCCGGCGGGAGCAGCAAGCCUUCCCCAGCCCGCGGCCCCCCUCGCCCCCACCGCCAGCCCCGCACCGGCCCCCGAGCUCCUCGCCUGUCCGCCUCUACACAGACAGCGAGGAUGAGGACGAGGACUUGCAGCUGGCCAUGGCCUACAGUCUCUCCGAGAUGGAGGCCGCGGGGCACCACCAAGCAGGUGGGCAUGGCCCCAGCACCCCGCUGGCACCGGGGGGCAGCCCUGGCACCCCUUCUUCCACCCACAGAGCCCGCAGGCCCCGGGGGGGACCAGAGCGGGAGGUGCCAGGAGCCAGCAGCACUGCUGCAGCAGGGCACGAACUUGCCCCCAAAGCGAAACAGUGGCACUGCCCCCUUCUCUGAAUGUGGGGCUGGGAUUGUGCCCCCCUGCUGUGGGGCAGGGAGGGGAAAGCAGGGGUGGGGGCUUGCUGCCUGGGGCUUGGCUCCUGCCUCCUCUGCAAGAGAGAGGGUCUCCUGUCCUGCCUCCUUGUUGCUGUUCAGGUGGGUGGGUGGCAUCCCGGGGUGGGGGGACUGCCACAGCUGGGGACGGAAAAGGGACCCUUGGUGGGGACCUAAGAAGAGGGGUGGCUCCCUGCCCUGGCUCCCGGAAGCGUGGGGUGCCCGCAGGCAGGUGUGGCCUGGCUCUGCCUGCUCCUCACUUCCUGCCUGCCCUGCAGAUGGGCAGGGGAUCCAGCCAGUGCCUCCCUGGCUGCUGCCUGCCCCUGCUUGGGCUGGGAAGUACUGGGUUGGGCUCUCCCUCCUUGCAAGGAGGGAUGGUCUUGUGGGCUCUGCUUGGUGCCUUGUGUCUGUAUCUCCUCUCUGGAUGCUGUCGCUCCUGCCUGUACCCCCUCUUCCUCUGUCUCCCCCUUUGCAAACUCUGCCUGGUCACCCCCUUCCCUGUGCCUUCAAAACCCUGCAGGACACUGUCACCCAUCGGCCUUGGCCUGGGGAAGCUGUCCCUCCCUGAUUCCCACAGCAGCAUUGACCCUCAGUGAUGCUCACAGGUGUUCUCACCCCCACUGUUGCCUGUGGUCCUGCCUUGGCUCUCCUCCUUCUGGGACCUUCUUCCCUUCCUUGCCACUCCCCAGCCCUGGCCUGAGGAGGGAUUCAUGGGUGCUGUUGUGUCCCCCCCUCUGCUUGUUUCCCCAGGUGUGUUCUGAGGCUGCUGCGCCCGGGAACCGCGCACGCCCACGGAGGCUGUCCCAGCCAGGAUUCUGCUUUGUCCCUGCACGGCCACCCCCUGCCACCCCCUUUCCCCUGCACCCUCUGGCUCCGUGGGACGCGGCGGGGUGGGGUGGGCACGACAGGGCUUAUGGCUGAGCAAUAUCCAGGGCACCGUGAGGUGGUGGGGAGGGUGAUGAUGGGGUGCCAGAGGGGAGGGGCUGGUGGGGGGGUUGCUGUAGAUUAGGCUGCUGGGGGGUUGCUGGCGGCAGGCAGUGAGGGGCAGCACAGUUGGGCUCAGCCAGUGGGGCUGGGCUCUGCUGCUCUCCUGGCUGUAGCCCACUCCUCCCUGACCCCUUUCUGCUGACAGCCAAUAAACCUGUUUGCAGUA